GAGCAGCAUGGCUGGAGCCGAAGCUGAAGGGGCGAAAGCGUUGACGCUGCGUGCGUUUUUUCAAAAAGCUGCGCCAGCGGCCGGAGCUGUUUGCAGACGGUGGAGCCGCGCGCAGAGCACCGGGACGCCGGAGUCGGUGGAGAACGAUGCGGCACUAGAGGAUCUCAACACAACCGGGAUGCAGGAAAGCAAUCGGAAAAGGCACCAGUCUGAAAAAACAAACAAAUGGACACACCAUGGUUUUUCUAUCUGGCAUGUGACACACAGGAUUGAUUUUGGACAGAUUCUGGCACCACAGCAACCGGACUCGUGGUCCUGUGGCACAGCGGACGCAGCCCCCGCCAUAAAGAGGGCCAGAGACUGAACUCAACUGGGACCGUUGGCAGCGGGCGGUAAGAGGAGGAGGCCAUGUGGACCGCACGCCUGCUAGUCUUCGCCAGCCUCUUCGCACCAGCCGCUCUCGCCUUCAGUCGAGCACCCAUCCCCAUGGCGGUGGUGAGGAGGGAGCUGUCGUGCGAGAGCUAUCCCAUCGAGCUGCGAUGCCCAGGCACGGACGUCAUCAUGAUCGAGAGCGCCAACUACGGCCGCACCGACGACAAGAUCUGUGACGCCGACCCAGCGCAGAUGGAGAACACCCGGUGUUACCUCCCGGAUGCAUACAAGAUCAUGUCACAAAGAUGUAAUAACCGGACCCAGUGUGCCGUCGUGGCCGGACCAGAUGUAUUUCCUGACCCUUGCCCGGGAACCUACAAAUAUCUCGAGGUCCAAUAUGAAUGUGUCCCCUACAAAGUGGAACAAAAAGUAUUCCUGUGCCCAGGGCUUCUGCGCAGGGUGUACCAGAGCGAGCACCUCUUUGAGUCGGACCACCAGUCUGGAGCGUGGUGCAAAGACCCGCUCCAAGCCUCCGAUAAGAUCUACUACAUGCCCUGGACACCUUACCGCACCGACACCUUGACCGAAUACUCCUCCAAGGAAGACUUUAUCGCCGGAAGGCCGACCACCACUUACAAGCUGCCGCACCGCGUGGACGGCACCGGCUUCGUGGUCUACGACGGGGCGCUCUUCUUCAACAAGGAGCGCACGCGCAACAUCGUCAAGUUCGACCUGCGCACCCGCAUCAAGAGCGGCGAGGCCAUCAUCGCCAACGCCAACUACCACGACACCUCUCCGUACCGCUGGGGAGGGAAGUCGGACAUUGACCUGGCCGUCGACGAAAACGGCCUCUGGGUGAUCUAUGCCACCGAGCAGAACAACGGGCGGAUCGUCAUCAGCCAGCUGAACCCUUACACGCUGCGCGUGGAGGGGACCUGGGACACCGCCUACGACAAGCGCUCGGCCUCCAACGCCUUCAUGAUCUGCGGGAUCCUGUACGUGGUGAAGUCCGUGUACGAGGACGACGACAACGAGGCCACCGGCAACAAGAUCGACUACGUCUACAACACGGAGCUGAGCAAAGAUGGCUCCCUGGACAUCCCCUUCCCCAACUCCUAUCAGUACAUUGCCGCAGUGGAUUACAAUCCCAGGGACAACCUGCUGUACGUUUGGAACAAUUACCACGUGGUGAAGUAUACUAUGGACUUUGGGGCGCUGGACAACAGACUCGAAACGUCCUCCUCUGUCAUGGUGUACAUGGACACAACCACCAUGACAACGAGGACCACCACUCGACCGACCACCGGUACCAUGACAUCCACACCGGCUAGGACCACCACCACCAAGACGCCCGCCACAACAAACGCGAUGGCCCCGUGGCCCCGGACCACAUCCACGGUGGUGGCCCCCGUGCAGACGUCUCUGGAGGGUUUUGUCCCUGAGGACGAGAACGGGGCGCCGCCUUCCUCGCAGUUUCCCAAAAUCCGGGUAGAGAACUGCAAUCCCCUGGUGAUGAUGGACAUCUCCUGGCCCAAGACCAAGCAGGGCCUGGUGGCCACGAUGCCCUGUCCACCAGGAACCACAGGCGUGGCCUCAUACGUGUGUGUCAGUCCAGAGGGGUACUGGGACCCCCAGGGACCGAAUUUCAGCAACUGCACCUCCCCUUGGGUCCAACUCAUCAGCCAGAAGCUGAGAGCCGGAGAGACAGCCGCGGUCGUUGCCAGGGAGUUGGCGGAACAGACCAAGCGCAAUCUUCAGGCGGGAGACAUCACCUUCACGGUGAAGGCCAUGGUCCAGCUGGUGGAUCUCCUGGACGUGCAGCUGAGGAACCUGACGCCGGGAGGCAAAGACAGCGCAGCGCGAAGCCUCAACAAGCUGCAGAAAAGAGAGCGUUCUUGCCGAUUUUAUGUUCAGGCCAUGGUGGAGACGGUCAACAACCUGCUGCAGCCGCAGGCCCAGGCGGCCUGGAGGGAGCUUAGCACGGGCGAGCAGCUGCGGGCCGCCACCAUGCUGCUGGACACCGUGGAGCAAGGGGCCUUCGUCCUGGCCGACAACCUGCUGAAGACCGACAUCGUGCAAGAGAACACCGACAACAUCCAGCUGGAAGUGGCGAGGAUGAGCACAGAUGGGAACUUGCCUGAUCUGAAGUUCCCACAAACGGGAGGACAGGGCAACGCUAUCCACCUCUCGGCCAACACGUUGAAGCAGCACGGAAGAAAUGGUGAGAUCCGGAUAGCGUUCGUGCUGUACAAACACAUCGGGGUCUACCUUUCCACGGAGAACGCCAGCAUGAAGCUGGGCAGCGAAGCCAUGGCUACCAACUACUCCGUCAUUGUCAACUCGCCGGUGAUCACGGCCGCCAUCAACAAGGACGCCAACAAAGUCUAUCUCUCUGACCCCGUCAUAUUUACCAUUAGACACCUGCAGCAAUCCGAGGAGAACUUCAACCCCAACUGUUCAUUCUGGAGUUACUCCAAGAAAACCAUGACUGGUUACUGGUCGACGCAGGACUGCCGCUUGCUCGGCACCAACAGGACACACACCACGUGCUCCUGCACCCAUCUAACCAACUUUGCUGUCCUCAUGGCCCACGUGGACGUCAAGAACUCGGACCCUGUUCACGACAUGCUUCUGGAUGUCAUUACUUGGGUCGGCAUCCUCCUGUCCCUGGUCUGCCUGCUCAUCAGCCUCUUCACCUUCUGCUUCUUCCGUGGCCUCCAGAGUGAUCGUAACACCAUCCACAAGAACCUCUGCAUCAGCUUGUUCAUUGCUGAGUCCCUGUUCCUGGUGGGGAUCAAUCGGGGUGACCAGCCGAUUGCUUGUGCCGUCUUCGCCGCCCUGCUGCACUUCUUCUUCCUGGCGGCGUUCACGUGGAUGUUCCUGGAGGGGGUGCAGCUCUACAUCAUGCUGGUGGAGGUGUUUGAGAGCGAGCACUCGCGGCGGCGCUACUUCUACCUGGUGGGCUACGGGGUCCCGGCGUUGAUUGUGGCCGUUUCCGCCGCAGUGGACUACCGCAGCUACGGCACCGACCGAAUUUGCUGGCUUCGCCUGGACACCUACUUCAUUUGGAGUUUCAUAGGACCAGCAACCUUGAUAAUUAUGCUCAAUGUGAUCUUCCUGGGCAUCGCUCUCUACAAGAUGUUCCAUCACACGGCCAUCUUGAAACCGGACUCCGGUUGCCUGGACAACAUCAAAUCAUGGGUCAUUGGAGCAAUUGCCUUGCUGUGCCUGCUGGGCCUGACCUGGGCCUUUGGCCUGAUGUAUGUCAACGAGAGCACUGUGGUCAUGGCCUACCUGUUUACCAUUUUCAACUCCCUGCAAGGAAUGUUCAUCUUCAUCUUCCACUGUGUGCUGCAGAAAAAGGUGCGUAAGGAGUACGGUAAAUGCCUGCGUACCCACUGCUGCAGUGGCAAAAGUGUGGACAGCUCCGUCGGCUCUGGAAAAGGCACCGCCUCCCGCGCCCCGGGACGGUACUCCACUGGCUCACAGAGCCGCAUCCGUCGAAUGUGGAACGACACAGUCAGAAAGCAGUCCGAGUCUUCUUUCAUGACCGGAGACAUCAACAGCUCUGCAUCCCUGAACAGAGGGGCUAUGGCUAACCAUCUUAUACCUAAUGCACUCCUACGUCCUCAUGGCACUAACAAUCCCUAUAACACAUUGCUUGGGGACUCGGCAGUCUAUAACAACCCUCUGGGCAUGUACAACACACAAGAGCCCUACAGAGAGACAAAGGGAAUACUGAACAAUGCCCGGGAUACAAGUGUCAUGGAUACUCUACCACUGAAUGGUAACCAUGGCAACAGCUACAGCAUCGCCAGCGCCGAGUACAUGAGUGACUGCGUCCAGAUCAUUGAUCGGGGUUACAACCACAAGGAGACCACCCUGGAAAAGAAGAUCCUGAAAGAGCUCACCUCCAAUUACAUCCCCUCCUACCUCAACAAUUCCCACGAGCGCGCAACUGAGCAGAACCGGAACCUUAUGAACAAGCUGGUCAACAACGUCAGCAACGGGGGCAAGGACAGCGGCUACGGCAUGGGCCUGGGGAUGGGGAUGGGCAUGGGGAUGAACGUGGCGCUGAGCCUGGACGAGCACUCCACCUUCGGCCCGCACCACGACGAAGGCCUGGGCCUGGACCUGAUCCGCGAGGAGUCCAACGCGCCGCUGUUGCCUCAGAGACCCCUCCCGUCCCUGCAGGCGGUGGACGCCAUGAACAAUCACCUCCACCAGUCCGCGCCGCCGCCGCCGCCCCUCCCCCUGCCCCACCACCCCUUCUCGUCCGCCGCCACUUCCUCGUCUCGCCGGAGGAUCCCGCAGGAGAACAGCGAGAGCUUCUUCCCCCUACUCCCCAACGAGCACACCGACGACGAGGGCUCAUCGCCCGGCCACAACCACCAGAGGGACUCCCUCUACACCAGCAUGCCCAUGCUGCCCGGCCUGCCCGACCCGUCCGCGGAAGCCGCCGACGGCGGGGACGCCAAGAGCCCCGAGGCCGGCUCGGACGACGUUUACUACAAGAGCAUGCCCAACCUGGGCUCACGCAACCACCUGCACCAGCUGCACUCCUACUACCACUUAGGGCGGGGCAGCAGCGACGGCUUCAUCGUGCCCCCAAACAAAGAGGAUCUGUCUCCAGAAGAAGCCCCGCCGGAGCCCUCGCACCUGGUCACCAGCCUAUAGGCCCCAACGCCGCCGCCACCGCCACCGCCGCUCCUCCGGUGUUCCCCUCCGAUUCCCGUAGUCCUCUUCACCGUGUCCCCUCGUUCCUCCAGUCGUUGGCAGUGGUAGCCUUUCUUUUUAUUCUAUUCUGUCCCCCCCCCCCCCCCCCCCCGGAGACAGAGGCGGAGCAAAUGACUCGAACCCGCCUUCGCUGACCACAAGCCGGGGGCCAUUGUUGCCGCGUCCGAGGCCUGAUGUGUGACUAUUUGGUUAAACAUUGCAGGAACCUGUUGAUGUUUGUGUUCCUCUUCUCCAACCCUGUGUGGUUUGGUGUGUUUUGUCUCGGUGUGAAAAGAGACAAUUACUCACACAGGAUUUUUAGGUCUCAGAGAAAUAGUCUGACAGUCAGAAUGAACUGCAUAGCCCCCCUCCCCCCCCCCCCCCUCC